UCACCCGAGGCUCCCCGCCGCCGGACUGGCUGCCUAAAAUAGACCCCCGGGCCAGGCGCCCGAGCGCCGGUCAUGGACUCCGGACGAACUGGACGCCUCGGAAGUCCUGAGGCAGCAUCGCCGCCGUUUGUGCACGUCGCCCCGUCGCUCUUCCUCGGGAACGCGCGCGCCGCGGUCCAGCCAGAGUUGCUGGCGCGCGCAGGCGUCACCCUGUGCAUCAACGUCUCACGCCAGCAGCCCGGGCCGCGCGCGCCCGGGGUAGCCGAGCUGCGCGUGCCCGUGUUCGACGACCCGGCCGAGGACCUACUGGCGCACCUGGAGCCCACCUGCGCCGCCAUGAAUGCCGCGGUGCGCGCCGGCGGCGCGUGCCUCGUCUACUGCAAGAACGGCCGCAGCCGCUCGGUAGCUGUCUGCACCGCCUACCUCAUGCGACACCGCGGACUCAGCCUGGAGCAAGCCUUCCAGACGGUGAAGAGCGCGCGCCCGGUGGCCGAGCCCAACCCGGGUUUUUGGCGUCAGCUCCAGGAGUACGAAGAGGCCCUGCGGUCCGGGUCCCACCUGCCCAAGGGCCCUCCGGACAGUGAGCCCUAGUUGCUCAGUCCAACCACCAAGUCAGGGCUCCGAGUUUCUGAGGGUGAGCUAGUCCAUGCACACCCCUAAUUUAUUAGACAAGGAAGAUAAAAACCACUUGAAUUUAAAGCGGAAAGGCAUUUCUUACAGGGACAUCAAGACCAGGAGCCAAGGUCAGGAAAUGGGGAAGUUCAGGGGUCACAGACACCUGCCACCCUGGUGCUGGCUCCUGACUCCUGGGGCUGCUGGCAAACUCGUGUCUGCCACCCACUCGAGCCAUAGUGGCUUUUCCCCAGCCUCACAGUGGUCCCCUCUGAGGUCUCAGAACCCAACACAGGAUCUGGCCGGCCAGGACCACGAUUUCCAGACUUGUAACUGCUGCGACAUGCAGGUGAGCGUGCAAGGUUGUGACAAACUGUCAACAUGCCCACCUCCUGCCUUCCUCACGUCCUAGUUUCAGCUGCAGCAUCAAGCCCACGUUUGCUCUCCUGCAGCCACCUUCAUACCAGCAGCACACCCACCAUCUGUGCAUCGGAGCCUGUGUACCCCUCUUCUGGGCACACACCUCACCUGGGCAUCCUGUGGCCUAGAAAAUGGAUCACCAUCAACACUUUUUUAAAAAGAUUUUAUUUAUUGCGUGGGGGAGGAGGGAUAAAGAGGAGAGAAGCAUCAAUCAGUUGCCUCUUGCAUGCCCCCAACCAGGGACCUGGCCCACAACCCAAGCAUGUGCCCUGACCAGAAAUCAAACUGGCCACCUUUCAGUUUGCAGACAGCACCCAACCCACUGAGCCUCACCCAUCAGGGUAUCACCACCAUAUCUUAAAUAAGAUAGUGGGGAAAAGAAAAGGGGAAAAUGGCUACUACAUGCCCUCAACGAAUUACCAUUGGUGCCAAUUAAGUGCCAACAGGAAUCCCCGAUUUGGGGUAUGGCUGAGAAGGAAACUUCACUGUGAACAGCUCAACUGCAACACAGCACAGUUUUAAAAGUGACUGUGAGGCCCCUGGGGCCCCUCUGCUCUGCUCCUCGAAGCUUUUCAGCGCUGUGCUGGUCUGCUCUGUGCUGUGCUCCAGCAAGACACCUUUAAUGUUUCAGCCCAGCCAGGAAAAAUCUUCAGUAUCAGGUGGAAAGAGAAAGUGCAUUCAGAGCUAGAGCAGAGCUGGCUUACAUGGGCAAAAGUUCCUGCCCCUGGUCCCUGCACAUGCAAAUGAGGACUCCAGAUCCUCCCAGUUUGAUUGGUCCCAAAGGCACUUGUUCUGAUUGGUCAGAAUAGAACCACUCCUGUUGGCAGGAGCUGUGCUUCUGAUUGGAUGGGAAGGCAUCAGUCUUAUUGACUAACACAGGAUUUCAGGAGCUCCCUUAUAAGGGCUGCUCAGAGGGCAGGGGCAGUGCACGUGAGUAGUUCAGCACACCAGAGGCUUAUCCAUAAAGUGCACUUUGCAAGAGAGGCCCUGUGUAGAAAUGGCUGCUGGGCUCUGGGUUUUGUUUUUGUUUUUGAGGCCAGUUAGCCACCAGGAGUCCUUGUUAGUGGGUAUCUUCUUUCUCAGGGUUUAUAGUGUGAAUUCCAGAUACUGUACAUAAUUCCUGGUUAACAAAUACAAAUAUAUAUAUAAUGAGAUAAAGACUAAAAUAACCGUAGUUUGUGUCUAUCAUUUCCCUUCCCACCAGUCAUUUCACAUCCCCUCCACCCUUGGCCAGCUCCUCCCUGGCGCUGGUCUGUCCUGGAGGGAUGAGUCUUCACCCUG